GAGCUGUUAACCGAAUUAAGGAGAUAAUUACUAAUGGAGUAGUGAAAGCAGCCACAGGUUCUAGUCCGACGUUCAACGGAGCUACGGUUACUGUCUAUCACCAGCCAGCCCCUAUUACUCAGUUGUCUCCAGCAGUUGGCCAGAAACCUCCAUUCCAGUCAGGGAUGCAUUAUGUUCAGGACAAGUUAUUUGUUGGUCUGGAACAUGCUGUACCUACAUUUAAUGUGAAGGAGAAGGUGGAAGGGCCUGGUUGCUCCUACUUGCAGCACAUUCAGAUUGAAACGGGUGCCAAAGUCUUUCUUCGUGGGAAAGGCUCAGGUUGCAUAGAACCGGCAUCAGGCAGAGAAGCUUUUGAACCCAUGUACAUCUACAUCAGUCACCCAAAGCCAGAAGGUUUGGCAGCUGCUAAAAAGCUGUGUGAGAAUCUAUUGCAAACCGUUCAUGCUGAAUACUCCCGAUUUGUGAAUCAGAUAACCACUGCAGUACCCUUAGCAGGCUUCAAUCAGCCUGCUGCUAUAAAUAACGUACCUUCCCAGCCAUCAUAUUACCCUUCCAAUGGGUAUCAGUCUGGUUAUCCCGUUGUUCCCCCUCCUCAACAACCAGUUCAGCCACCGUAUGGUGUACCAGGCAUAGUACCACCUGCAGUGCCGUUGGCACCUGGAGUCUUAACAACGCUACCUACAGGAGUUCCGCCUGUGCCAACGCAGUACCCCAUCUCUCAAGUACAGCCUCCAGCUAGCACUGGCCAGAGUCCGUUGAGUGGUCCUUUUCUUCCUGCUGCCCCAGUAAAAACAACCAUGCCGACUGGUACGCAGCCACAAGUCCAACCCCAUCCCCAAGGUCAAAAGAGACGCUUCACUGAGGAGCUACCAGAUGAGAGAGAGUCAGGACUUCUGGGAUAUCAGCAUGGACCCAUUCAUAUGACUAAUUUAGGUACAGGCUUCUCCAGUCAGAGUGAAAUCGAUGGAGCCGGAUCGAAGCCAGCAAGUUCCUCAGGAAAGGAGAGAGAGAGGGACAGGCAGUUGAUGCCUCCGCCAGCUUUUCCUGUCACUGGGAUGAAAUCGGAAUCUGAAGAAAGAAAUGGUGCGGGGUCUUUACCAGGCAACCAUGAUCAUCAAGCUAAGAAGAUGAAAACUGCAGAAAAGGGCUUUGGAUUAGUGGCAUAUGCUGGAGACUCAUCAGACGAAGAGGAGGAACACGGUGGCCAUAAAAACGCAAGUACUUUUUCACAGGGAUGGAGUUUGGGAUACCAGUACCCUUCCUCACAACAGCGAGCUAAGCAACAGAUGCCAUUUUGGAUGGCACCGUAGAAGCUGCAGAA